GGUCUAGGGUCACGAGUAUCCGGAGCGGUCGCGUGUACGGGUAUAAAUAGCCUUGUUGCGCAGCAUUAAAUUGGCAUUUUGGCGUUACAUACUGUGUAUGCGUCCCGUAUGCCCCGCACGCGGAGGUGCGGACGGAAGGGAAGCCUUAUUACGUUGUCGUAGACAACAUCUGGUGACCCCAAUGUGACUUUGGGCGCGAGCAAGGUGCCGAGAAGCCGGAGCCGUGAUGGAGCUCGGUGUGCAGGAGGUGGUGAGUAUGCUGAAAUCCUUGGCCAAGGAAGUAGGGAUAACACUACAUAAGAAGGAGUGCCCCGCACUCCUUCAGUGGAUGCUGCGCAAGCAGUGUGCGGAGUCCCCGACAGACUGUCUGCAGAAAGUGGUUUUAGAGAAGGCGGGUCAGGAGCUAUGGGAAGGGGCAAGUGCGGGAAAUAAGGAGGCACUGGGACUUAUCCCUGUGCUGGGGACUGUGAGAAGUGUGAUACAGAAAGUGAAAGAUGAGCGGCAUCUCGAUGCCACGGCACGUCAAGUGUUAUCGGGGACGCCUGAUGACACUGAGACAGCCAAAACCGAUGGAGAGCAGGGAAAGGAGCGAUCGGAGGGAGAGGAAAACAAGACGGGCAAGUCAGGGGAAGAGACGGGGACGGAAGCUCCGCUUUUAGCCCCUUUAGGGGCGGAAGGCAAGGGCAGGCGACCCCAGGGGUGCAGACCUCAGACGAUGGGCAGUUUUGGUCUAUGAACCCGAACGGAACGCUGACAUGUUUCCCGAGGGCUCCCGUUCCUUCAGCCCCCUGGCUGGUCCAGGCAGGGACGCCCGCUUUUACAGUGGCGCCUCCGCCCUAUGGUGCAGCUCCCCGUGGUGCAGCUGUGCCGGGUGUAGGUGAGGGAAGGAUGCCGGGAUCUAGCCCUGUGGAGCAGCCUCUCCCCUCGACGUCGAGGCGGGUUACUAGCUCCAAAGAUAGGGUAGAGGGGUCCCAAAGGCGUGGGGCGGAUGACGAGACCAGUUCCUCAGGGGAGGAGGAGGGUCGCCUUUGCAUAGACCUGCCAUCUGAGGGGGAAAGGAGAUGGCGGGGGCGGGCACGGGACCAAGUUCUCAGGGCCGGUGAGCGCUGGGUUAUUCAUGCUCAGGAGUGCAUGCUCUCCGGAUGCGAGCUUGAGCCCAUGCCACGCUCUUGCUAUCCUGUUUUUGUUGGUGGACCGCAGGGUCCCCCAUGGCAACCGGUAGAUUACUAAAUGCUAAUGCAGUUGAGAAAGGCGGUCCAAGAGGGAGGUCUUACCGGAUCGCAGGCGCAGGUACCGAUUUUUGAGGCGUACAUUCAGGAGGAGGUAGACAGCUUGCGAGCUCGUGCGCAGGCAGACCCAGCUCAUCCUCUACACAACAUCCCAGCGGAUGCAAUCGCAGGAAAGGGUAAUUGGAGUACCCCUCAGGAACAACUGAUCUUGCCAGCCACCGUUCUUGUCGCAGCGGCGGAUUUGGGCAGGCGAGCGCUUGAGCGGAUGCACACGCUUACUAGUGGGUCGCCAAGUUAUCUUCAUAUUAGACAAAAACCUGGGGAGCAUUUUGGCUCCUUUGCAGACCGAGUACAGUCAGCUAUCUCGAGUAGCAACCUGCCCCCUGAAACUCAGGAAAUAGUGCUGCGAGAGUGUUUACGUUCAAGCGCAGCUCCAGAGUACAAGGCUGCUCUUGCAGCCCUUCCUGCCACAGCCACAGCAGGGGAACUCAUAGCGCGUGGCUGCGCUUUUGGUCGAGCACAAGACGUGCAGCCACUGGCUGCGGUUUUGUCUGAGCAGGUUGCUGGGAUAACAGCAGCUCUGCAAGCGAUGGAUGUCCAAACCGCACCAGACGUCUGCUUCCGUUGUGGAAAGGGAAGGCAUCUUGCUCGCAACAGCUUGCAGGGCCGGGGAUAAGGAAGAGGGACAAUCUGCCAGCCAGGCUGACAUACCAUUGGUUCAAGUUAGUGUUGAUUUAGGAAACAGACCUAUACCUAAAGCACA